AUGGCCGACAACCCGGACGCCGCGCUCCCGGACGCGGACGCCGCCGCCGCGCUGCUGCUGCGCCACCGCCUGUUCCCGCGCGCCAUGGCCUGGACCGUGCACCACCAGAGCGCGUCGCCCACGCCCGAGCAGCUCGUCAUGGCGGCCGCGCAGGUGCUCGAACAGCAGCAGCAGCAGCAGCAGCGUCAGCCUCCGGCCCCGCGCGUCGACACCAUGGACGUGGCGCGGUCCUUCCCGCUGCUGCAGGCGUCCGUGGCGGGUCUGGACGAGACCGCGCGUCGGCCCAGACCCGUCACGCCGCCGCCCAUGCGCCGCGCGUCCUCCGUGGCCGAAGGAGACGAGCGCGAGCGCCUGUUCCGCGCCGUGGGCAAGUUCCUGGACGGCCCCAGGGCGGCCCCAGCCUCCCAGGGCUACGCACAGCAGCAACAGCCAGUAUACUACCAAGCCCCUCCAGCCCCUAUCCGUCGUCCGUACGGCGGCAUGCCAUCCCCGGACCGCAUGACGGCGGAGCAACAAGCGGCCUUCCAAGCUAUGAAGAUCUCCAGCUACGCUGAGGAGGAGCAGAGGAGCUGGGCUGCGCGCGGCCAGAUCUUGAAUUCGGGGCUGAGGACGCCGCCUGCACCGGUGCCGGUGCCGUCGGCGUCGCCCCCCGGAGUGCAUCAGAUUCGACUGCGGUCGCCGCCCAGGGCUGAGACGGAGACUGUGGCUAGCGGGAAAAAGAGGACGCGCGGAUCGACGCCCGAGGCGCCGGCCGCCUCUACCUCUACUUCCACUUCUACGGCGGUGGGUAAAGAUGAGAUCGCGCCGUCGUUGGCCCGCGCUCUGCUCACGGGCUGCGGCGCCAAGCAGUGCUCGUUUGAAGGCUGCAAGAAGAUCGCCGUCAGUAAAGGACGGUGUCGUGGCCAUGGAGGUGGUCGGCGGUGUCAACAUCAAGGCUGCACCAAGUGCGCGCAGAGUCGCAGUCCGUUCUGUUGGGCCCAUGGAGGCGGCAAACGCUGCGAGGCGCCAAACUGCCGCCGUAGCCGCAAGACCAAGCGGUUCUGUGUGGAUCACGUGGACAUGGAGCUUACCGUCCCCAUGCCGGACUCGGACAGUGUGCCCAAGCCGAUGUCUACGAAGGCCGCGAAGGCUGCGUCCAAGUCUAAGACUUCCUCCAGCUCAUACACUAGUGCGGACUCGGACGACAGCGUCGGCCGCCAGUCCACUGUCUCCUGCGACAGUGGCUUGUCGGCCGUCCACAACAAAGAGAACAUGCGCAUGCCGUCGGGGGAGUACGUCCUUCACGAGCAACGCAAGUAUACUGCCCAAUACCACCAGUACGCCGGAGAGGUGUCUGGUAUCCCGCCGCCUGCGCUGCAGCUUCCCAGCCUUAAUGAGGCGCUGCUGCGCACGGUGCCAACGCAAUAUUCGUCCGAAACUGUGUGGACUUCCGCGACGACGACGCCCUCGCCGCCAGCACCCCUCGCCUCGCGAUAUAAGAGUGAAUUCCGGUCGUGGCCGGGAACUAGUGACUAAGAUAUAAAUCUAUUCGUGUGGAGUGUGCUGCUCCACGUUUUGU